ACAAAGCGGUGGACACAAUUGGUUGUCGUGGAGAUGAUGAGGAUGUGAUCAAUGGAUUGCAAACCCUGGCUAGUGCUCCCAAAGAAAGAUGUUGCUCUCCACCAUUCCAGUGUCCUAGAGAUGCAAGACAUCGGGGAAGAAGAUGCAACCGGCAGACAGAAAACAGCAGCCAUCAAAGCGCUGAGGGAGCACUUCCAGUCAUCUCUGUCCCAGCUCCAAGUUUUUCUCCAUGAUGGCCUGUAACAGCACGUCCAUUGAGACUUACGAAUACUUGCUGCGGAAUGGGAGCAAUUUGUUGGAUUUUGGGGUGACCGCAGCUCCCGCCCCCCUCAGGACAUCCUUGGCAAUAAUCAUGAUGCUGAUGGUUGUGGUCGGAUUCCUUGGCAACGCUGUCGUCUGCAUCAUCGUGUAUCAGAGGCCAGCCAUGCGCUCUGCCAUCAACCUGUUGCUGGCCACGCUGGCCUUCUCCGACAUCAUGCUGUCCUUAUGCUGCCUGCCCUUCACCGCUGUCACCCUGAUCACCGUCCACUGGCACUUUGGGAAUUACUUUUGCCGGCUCUCGGCCACACUUUACUGGUUUUUUGUCCUGGAGGGCGUGGCCAUCCUGCUCAUCAUCAGCGUGGACCGCUUUCUCAUCAUUGUCCAACGCCAGGACAAGCUGAACCCACGGAGGGCCAAGGCGAUCAUCGCCAUCUCCUGGGCUCUGUCUUUCUGUGUCUCUGCUCCCUUGCUUGCAGGCUGGACGUUCGUGGAGGUGCCUGCGCGGGCCCCUCAGUGCGUGCUGGGCUACACCGAGUUCCCUGCCGACCGUGCCUAUGUGGUGACGCUGGUGGUGGCUGUGUUCUUCGUGCCCUUUGGCGUCAUGCUGUGCUCCUACCUGUGCAUCCUCCACACGGUCCGGAAGAACGCCAUCCGUGUCCACAACCAGUCCGACAGCCUGGACCUGCGACAGCUCACCAGGGCUGGCCUGCGGCGGCUCCAGCGGCAACAGCAGGUCAGCGUGGACUUGAGCUUCAAAACCAAGGCCUUCACCACCAUCCUGAUCCUCUUCGUGGGCUUCUCGCUCUGCUGGUUGCCGCACUCGGUCUACAGCCUCCUGUCUGUGUUCAGCAGGAGGUUCUACUGCAGCUCCUCCUUCUACACCACUAGCUCCUGCGUCCUCUGGCUCAGCUACCUCAAGUCUGUCUUCAACCCCAUCGUCUACUGCUGGAGAAUCAAAAAAUUCCGCGAGGCCUGCGUAGAAUUGCUGCCCCAGAGCUUCCAAAUCCUCCCCAGAGUGCCUGAGCGCAUCCGAAGGAGAAUCCAGCCAAGCACCGUCUAUGUGUGCAAUGAAAACCAGUCUGCUGUUUAGGGGAGAGGCAGGAGGACCACGCAGUGGGCUCCAGGACCGAGCUUGUCUGUCCUUCCGCCCUGCUUCCUGGCGCUGUAGUUGCAGUCAGCAUUUUGUGGUGGUGAUUUAAGCGCAAAGGUACUCAUUUGUUACCAGAUGAGCUGCAGCUCCCAAGUUUGCAAGAUGAAUUGUUUUUAUUUCUUAUCGCAGAAGAACAGUGUGGGGGUCUGAUGCAACUGGAAGGUAGUUAAGACAAAGUAGGAACGGGUGGGGGAGUGCGGAAGCUGGGCAGAAAUUUAGGGAGGAGGAGGGGAGCAGGGAGUGAAGUUGGUUGAGUGUGGGACAGGGGGAGGGUUCUGUCUAAGGAGCUCCCUCCACAUCUGCUUACGAGAAAGCCGGUGGGGCCAUAUUCCGAGGUGAGAAACCCAAGUAGGCGUCAUCUCAUGGGUUAUCCUUCACUGUAUUCGACGCCAGCAUUCUUCAGAGGUGUUUAUGUUUGUGGUGUAUGGGGAAACGUGCAAGCUUCCUUAUGUUGGUCAUUUCUGACCAUGCCAAAUCAUCCGUUCUAUAAACCAAAGUCACGCCAGGGAGCAGUGAGCCCCAUGCUUCUUAGUUCCUCCGUAUGACACAUGGGAGGCCUCAGUGGCUAGAAGCCCAGAGAAUGUUUAGGGGCAGCUCAGCUGAAAUGGGAAGCCCACUCAAGUUCUCGUGCAUGUACCCACCCCUCCUGCCUGGCCCGGCCCACCCGGCCCUGCUCCCUGAUGCCCGCCACCCUCCACUCUGCCGUGAUAGUCCCUCUGCCCUUCCCUCUUUCCCUCCACUGCUCCCCACGCCUCCCUUUGUUUUCAUUCUGUCUGUCCCAGUGCACAGAAAGAACACUCUCCUCCUGUAAUUCAUCUUCCAGCAAGUGUUUGUGGUGACUUGCUCUCAGUUUCAGCCGUGGUCAUGGGCGUUAUUGACCUUCCUCUUGCCCCCUGAGG